AUGGGGAAGAUCAUUUUUUACGAGGACAGGAACUUCCAGGGUCGAAGCUAUGAGUGCAGCAAUGAUUGCACCGACCUGCACUCCUACUUCAACCGGUGCAACUCCAUCCGGGUGGAGAGCGGCUGCUUCAUGAUCUAUGAGCGCCCCAACUACAUGGGCCACCAGUACUUCAUGCGGAGGGGGGAAUAUCCAGAUUAUCAGCGUUGGAUGGGGUUCAGCAGCUGUAUCAGGUCCUGUAGGAUGAUUCCAAUGUACAGAGGGUCAUACCGGCUGAGGAUUUAUGAAAAGGCAGACUUCAGUGGCCACAUGAUGGAGUUUAUGGACGACUGUCCCUGUGUGUCGGAUCGUUUCCACCAUCGCCACGUCUACUCCUGUAAUGUGAUGAAUGGCUUCUGGAUCUUCUACGAAUACCCCAACUACAGGGGCCGGCAGUAUUUCCUUAGGCCCGGGGAGUACAGGAGAUAUCGCGAAUGGUGCGCUACGUGCGCCAUAGUGGGUUCCUUCAGACGAGUGACCGAUUUUUAGUGAUUCUAGAUGCAUGUGCUGUAAAUAAACUGUCAUUAAAGAUCUUUGACUUUUUA